CAACCCGUUUACUGAUUCAGUUGACCGCAGUUUUCGUCGCGAUUCGUGAUGUAAAAACAUGAUCCGAGUUUUAGCGUUUCUCGUGUUCCAAUAUACGUUGUGCUUGACAAUCCGAGUACCAAUUGAGUGGAAUGAUAACAGUGAAGUGCAAAAAGAUCAGUUAAAUAACCAAAAUGAUUUACCAGUUGAGACAUCUGCACCAAAACCGGCACAGCAAAUUGUACAGAAAACAAUCCCUACAGAGUAUUUUGAAUACACAGCCAACAAACCGCAAUUUGCUGUUGAAGUUGCCAAUUUCCACGGUGUGAAAUCUCCAGAGAACCAUUUCAAGGCCCACCCUGUUAUACCACAUACAGGUGUCAACAAACCUGAACUCGGAAAACAUAAAAUUUUCGAUCCCAGAAAACAGGUACAUGCCCCUUACCGCCAAUUUAUAAACAAUAACAAACAUCUUACUCAUGUAACACCAGUUUCAACUAAAUAUAAUAUAUUCCAUCCUUACAAGGUGGAGGAACCGGCGUUAAAAAUUAUUUACCGAGAUCCUUUUCUUUCAAAAGUACAAAAUGACGUAAGGGCAACUAAAAAUCGAUUGCAGUUAUACGAAAAUAGUGCUGGCGAAUCUGAUAUCAAAACGAGUGAAAAUUUGGAAAGCCCGAAUGAAACAGACCGCAAAAAAAGUCCUCCUCAAAACAAACCAACCCAAUUUGAAAUUCAUAGACCACAACGGCGCCCUGCAUACUACAUGCCUCCAAUAACAAAAAACAAUCGAGAUAAUAUUUUGAAUAAUAAAAUAAGACAUCCAUGGGGACAAAGUUAUGGUAAAGUUACUCCAAAUCACUAUCGUCCAAUAAAGAACCAUUUGCAGAACAUUAGGCAGCAACACGCCUUAAAAUAUGGUGAUGAAAACAAUGAAUAUCCCCAAUUACAACCUGCCGAAAUACACGAAGAAAAGCCUGAUGGAUAUGACAUUUAUGAAAAAGGCAAGGAAAAAUUUUCUCAGUUAAGAAAUGAUGUAGAUGAAUCCAUUACCAAAGCAGUUAACGAAAAUCGUCCAAGUAGACAUCAAGCCUUAGAAUUACAAAGCACCAGUAAUGAAAAUGAAAAUGAUGACGAUGAAGUGGAGUUUUCUCCCGUUAAAAAUUAUGCCCAAGUAAGAAAAAUUGAAACAGUUAAACAUGUUCCUCGAGAUGCAGCAUUUUUUGACGCCGACACAUAUGAAGAUAUAUUAAACGCACCUCGCCUUAGAGAAGCGGUGAAAAGUUCCAAAGCUCACACUAUUUAUUCAGAAGAGGGUUAUGAAGAUGCUGCUUAUGAUCACGCUGGGGAGCAAAAACAUGCAUCUGAUCACGAAGGUCACGGAGGUUAUCUUAAAGAAAACGAGGCAAGUGAAGGAAAAUAUAAAAUACCAAGUUUUAACGGUAAAUACGAAGAUGCAAAAGGGAGUUCAUACGGAGAUAGUAUAAUACACGGAGAAAAGUGGAAAAACAAUGAAAAAGAAAAAGAGGAAUUAAAAGAAGAGAACGAUUAUUCUGAGAAUGAUAGUGAUUAUUUCAUUGAAAAUAAUGAAGAUAGCCAACGAUUGACAAAUGACCACACAAAUAAAAGAAACGCCCCCGAAAGUGAACAUUUUCAAGACCAAAACUCUCAACAUGACUUAACUAAAAGGGAAACAAAUUUCGAGGUACCCGAAAUAAAAUUAAGUUCAACUUUUCUAACUGAAGAAGAACUGCAAAAAAAAUCUCAAAAUAAAACUCAACUCGAUAAAUUUGAUCAUACAUCAUCUAAGUAUCCAUAUUACUAUCAAACUUUGGAAGCUAUUAAUAAAGACUCGCCCUUAAGAUAUGCUGAAAAUUUAAAAAAUAUUCCAAAAAAGACUAAAGGGGGAACUGAGUUCUAUGAUUCUCGAAAUCAAUACGAAUGUCCUGAAGUAGAUGACAACGUUGAUCCAAUCCCAGAAAAAAUAAAAAAAGGUGGUCAUCCUGAUGACAACAACGAAGAUGACGAUGACCAAAGCUCAAAAGAAAGCGACAAGAAACAACGUUUGAAAGGUCUUGGUGAUAAAAUUGAUUGUUUUAAAGUUAAAUAUUUCGGAGAAAACCCUUUAGAUAGCCCAUUUUUCGAGGAAGACCUUAUUUCACAUCCAGAACCAAUUACAGCACCAAUUUCGAAUAUAUUUAAAUUAUACGAUGAACAAAACAAUCCCUUAGUAGAUGAGACUCAAACUAAUAAUGGGAUGAAUCAAGAACGGGUAAAACAUAAUAUCAUAAAAGAUAACGAUAAAGUUAAGGAGGGAAUAUAUGUUAAUAAGCACUUAGCGAGAAAAAAAAGAGCAACUCCUUUUAUUUACGAACCGUAUAAAAUAAUAAGGGAUAGUCAAAAUCAGGAUUCGAAGAAAACAACUACAUCGAGUAAUGUAAGUCCAUUAAUCAAACAAUUGCAGUCAAGUAGAGUGGUGGAUAGAGUUACAACAAACUUAAAUAAAGAUCAACCAGUUAAAAGAAAUACCGGAAACCUUACUUAUAAAAACAUAAGCAAAAAAGAUAGGGAAAAAAAUUAUAAUACAUCUGAAAAAGAAAUAACCAAUAUAACAUUUGUGGAUGUUAAUGAAGGUUUGCGCCAAGGUGAACCUAGAUUUGAACAAAGGCCACUAAAUCACAAAUUUCAGUAUACGCCUAUACAAUUAAAAAAAUCGAUGUCUCCUGAAGAUUAUAAAAAUCAUACAAGCGACACUGACACGGAAGAAAAAUCUAAAAGCCAAGAAACACGUACCGAAAGGGAACAUAAUAAAAAGAAUGAUAAUUCAAAUAGAGAAUUUUUUGAUGUAUCUAAAUAUUUACCAGAAUCGUUGGAGUUACAAAAACCUGAGUCAUCCAACAAAGUAAAAAAAAUUAGGGAAUUUUCUGAUCACAAACCAGACGCUUUAGAAGCAGAUGUGGUACCUGAAUCCCAAGAAAGUAAAGAAAGUGACGAGUAUGAUGAAUAUGACGAUGACGAAGAUGAAGAGAUCGUUCUUACAACAACCUCAACCACGACUACAUCAAAACCAACGAUGAGAAAGAGAAUUCGAAUACUUACUACUACAAGCACACCUCGUAAUGAAGAAAUAGUAGACCAACCGGUACCUAAAUUGCAGUUAACUACACGGUUCCGCAAUCCCAUAGAUAAAGGAAGUCAUGCGGGUGAAGUCUCAAGGCCAAUCAAUAAAAAAAUGACUGACGAAGAUGACAUCAAUAUUCCUAAAUAUAGAGAAAAGAAAAGGAAAAGUGCUAAAAGCACUUUUGUAACAGAUACAAAAAGCUAUGACGAAGGAAACGACGACACGAGAAAAGAAGACAUUGAUAAAUUAAUUGGCAUUAAACACGAUAUGGAAGAAUACAUUCCUCACUACGAGAAAGAAAACGAGACAAAACAAAAACUGAACUCGAAAACAAACUAUAAAAACGACUCUGAAACUGAUGACAGAAAUGACGAUGAAGAUGAAGACGACAGUGAAGAAGGUGAUGAAGAUGAUGAGGAUGAUGAGGAUGAUGAUGAUUCUGAUAGUAAUGAUGAUUCCGCUGAUACCAAGGAUAGUGAUGAAAGCAUAGAAGAUGACAUUGAAGUUACUACGCCUGAACCAACUAAGCAAACGCUUCUUGAAACAACGAUAGCUCCUGAAACUACAACAGCAGUUAGAAAAAUUAAAAUAGAUCUGAAACCUGAAAUAUCUAAGAAAAAAAUUGAAAUACAUAAAGAUCUCCCAGGCAAUAACAAUCUAACUCAAUUCAAACAAGAUAUUAAGGAAAUAGAAGUAAUCAAAGAAAUACCUGGAAAAACAUCACAAAAAAAUGAGGAAAUUCUACAAUUAUAUAAAGAUGAAAAUUUAGCCCGAGAAGUAAAUAAAAUAUUUGAUGUUGAAAUAUUUGACGAUGAUGUUGAUCUCAAAGACGGUCCACGACACGGAGGCAAUUACAGAAGUAUAGAAUCUAUGGAAUCGGAAAAUACACCGACUUUGGCAAGAAAAGAAAAUAUUGAAGAACCCUUAAAUUUUUCUAGAAAGGUUUCUCCUUCUGUAGAAAAUGAAACUACAAAACAUACCAAACGGAAGCAAGAGAGGAGAAGACAGCACGAAAACGUUAGAACAAGAAGUACGACUCAACGAUCAAGACGAAGUCGUGGCCCAAAUCCUAGGAUAAGGGACCUCAAUAAUGCCCCAAAUACGUUAUCUGGUACAACAGUACAAGGCGGUAACUUGAAAUUAGACCAGGGGGAGAAUAGAAGUAACCAAAAUAAAAAGAGUGAAAAACUCAUAGAGUUAAAUGAAGAACAUGAUGAAGAUAAUAAUGGAGAUGGUAGUGGAAAUAUGCACGGCGGGAACUUUAAAUCUUAUGGUAAUUCCAGGAGUAGCGGUAGAGAUUUGCAUGGAGGUAAUUACAGAAGUGCAAGAAUCACUCAAGCUAAUGAACAUAAUAAACAACCUUCGCGACGAAGAAAGGAAAAUAAAGACGAUAAUUCUAAACAUAUGACAACAAAUUCAAUAUCAGUACUCGAUACUUUUGCACGUGUUAUUCCAACAUUAACCACCUCUGCGCCCUUUAUUUUAGAUCCUAGCAAAAGAAUGUAUUAUUAUGUCGAUUCGUAAAGAAUCUUUAUGUUAGUAGAAUUUAGUAUAAAUUAUGCUAGGAUCCAAAAUUAGCAGUGCCACUAAUAGUUUUCUACUAUAACGUUUGUGAAAGUGUUGAAAAUUUGUUUACAUGAUAUAAAUUUAUGCCUUGUAAGGUCACUACGA